AUGGCGUCCCCCGGACUCCUCGUGACCGGAGCCUCCUUCGCCGCCUUCAGGGGGCUGCACUGGGGGCUGCAACUGCUGCCCACACCAGGAUCUGCUGCUCGGGACCGUUGGAAGUGGCGGAAUAUCUGUGUCUCGCUGGUGCACAGCACGCUCACGGGGGCUGGGGCGCUGCUCGGGCUAUCACUGUACCCUCAGAUGGCUGCCGACCCAAUUCGUGGCCACCCGCCCUGGGCCCUGGUGCUGGUGGCUGUAUCUGUGGGUUAUUUUCUGGCUGAUGGAACUGAUUUGCUGUGGAACCAGACCUUGCGCCAGGCCUGGGAACUUCUCUGUCACCAUUUGGUGGUAGUAAGCUGCCUCAGCACUGCCAUUCUGUCUGGCCACUACGUGGGCUUCUCGGUGGUGUCUCUGCUCCUGGAGCUGAACUCUGCCUGUCUACACCUACGGAAGUUGCUGCUGCUUUCUCACCAGGCCCCAUCCUUGGCCUUCAGCAUGGCCAGCUGGGCCACUCUGGCCACCCUUGCCCCCUUCCGUCUGGUGCCACUAGGGUGGAUGAGUAUGUGGCUUGUCCAACAGCACCAACAGGUGCCUCCUGCUCUGGUUGUCCUUGGUGGAAUUGGGCUGAUGACGGUGGGUGUCAUGAGCAUCAUAUUGGGUGUCCGCAUCUUGGUUAGUGAUGUCCUGCAGUCUCGGCCCCGUCUACCUACUCCUGGGGACAAAGAAACCAGGGACAUCAGGACAGGUGAUGGUCAGCCUAUCACCAGGGAUGUUUCUAAUCUUUGCAAGAAAGACUAG